CUCUCACUACCAUAUUUAGUAGUGAGUGAACUGCUAAGCGGAUGCUUCACGUUUGUACAUCCGGUGAAAUAUCUGUCUCAUUGUACUAUCUGUGACUUUAGUGUUGGCUCUGUAACUAUCUAACUGCCAUAAGCUUGCGUUCUCUCAAUACCUAUUGUAUUUAUUCGAAUAACCUCAUACAGUAAAUGCUACAUAUUAUAUCUUGAAAUUAUUACUAUUGUUAUUAGGACCGUCAUUGAGAGCGACAACUUCCAACAGUAGCUAGCUUUGCUAGCCUGCUAACGUUAGCUAGCGUCCUCCUAGCCUUUUGCUGAACUGGAUCGUAACACUGACCCACCUGAACAAAAGUAGCUAAACGUUACGAACUCUUAACUGUAGCUAGAUACACAUAUAUAGUUUGCCUUCAUGUCUGAAGCCAUCGUAACCUUCCAGUCUAAGCUCUCUGGAGUCAUGGAGACGGUAUUCAAGGCUGCCAUGUACGAGAUCACCAGGCUGGUGGAGGAUAGCUUCCUGAAGGAGGUGUCCCGGAGCCGGGAGCAGAUCGAGUCACUGAAGAAGCGGUUGCAGUGGUCAGAGAACAGACGCAGGGAGAGGGACAGAGAGGGAGGCCAGAGGGGAAAUUGUGGGGACUAUGGAAGAGCUGACGAGGAAGCCGAGGAGGCAAGCUCUGGAAUCUCACAGACGGGUGCGGAGACGGGGCGUGGCCUGAAGCAGGAGAAAGUAGCAGGGGAGGAGUGGACCAGCUGUGGGUGUGUGGCCGGGGAAACAGCCUUCCAUGAUGUGAAGGAGGCAGAGGCCACCAGUCCUAGGAGAACAUCUGAGUCCACAGAGGUCGGAGGUCAGAAGCUGGACAGCCUGCUGAAAGAGGAGCCUCUCCACAACACUGAGCUACAGGAGAAAUGGGAGUUCUGCCUGGAUGGGGCCGAUGGUUCGGACGUCUCGGGGCCCAGUAAGAGUUUCAGUGAGCAGGAGCUGCAGCAGUGCCAGGAUGACUGGGCAUCCGGUCUAGACCAGGGCCUGAACCACCGGGCCCAGAGGGAGACCCAGGGGACCCCACUGACCCUCUCUACCGCCCUCGUUACAGCAUGGAGGAACUGGGGGGCGGCUUUGAGAAGUCUGGUUACGGCAGUGAUGGUGGUGGAGGCCAUCGUCUAGACUUGGAAGGGCUGGAUAGUCUUCCUGGUUCUCCGUCUCGUCUGGGGGCGCUGAGCUAUGGAGCAGUGGGUCACUACCAGGUGAACCUGGGGGGGUCUGAGGGGGGAGACCAUCACCAUCGCUCCCACAUGACUGGCCCCCAUCGGAGCCGGAGGGAGCGGUUAGGGUUGCCAACGCGG